AUGCACACGCGUGUGCUUGUCCAUACUUCCAUUAGAUUCACUCAGCCUGCCACUGCUUAUUCUCACUCAAGCACUGCAACAAAUUAUUCCAUCCAGCCAAGUCCGGGAGUGUCCCAGACUGUGAGCCCAUCUUAUGCCCCUACAGCCCUGACGCCCCGGCCAAUCUCCUCAGCGGGUUUUGGUGGAUACCAGGCCCACUCAGGGCAGGACUACAGUUACAGCACUCGUCAGCAGGAGCCAACCUUGCAGCCUACCACAACAUCAAAUUACCAGGAUAGUUACAGUUAUGGACGAUCCACACCUGCUAGCAGCUAUGAGAAUAAACCGUAUUACCAACCUACUGCUACCCAGGCUCAGCACACUGUCACAGACUCUUACUAUCAAUCAGGUACUAAAGGAGGCUACAGUCAGCCUAGCAGUGGUUAUAGUCAAACUCAGCCCCAAAGACAAGUGACCACAAUUAAGCCAGUUCAGACAGUGAGUACCACGUCUUCAAGCUAUAAUGCUUACCCAGCGGUGACAACUGUUCAGCCAAAUACACCUGCUUCCUCUAUUCCUUCAUACACCCCCUCUUCCUCAUAUAGUUCCACUUCGGCAUCAUAUACUGGAUCCAGUUAUUCCACUUAUGAUGCUUCAGUGUAUUCUGCAGCUGACACGUACUAUCCAGCACAACAGCAGCUCCAGCCACCGCUUCAGCCCCCACCUCAGCCUCAGCACAUUACACCCCAGCAGCACCCACAGCCUCCACCACAGUCUCUGCAGCCUCCUCCCCUGCCAAAGCCUUCAGGGCCAUCCCCGUGGGCCAACGUGGGAUGUAGCACAAGUACCAGCUCUGUCAGUAGCUUCCCCAAGAAACCACCUUUUCAGAACAAGCAGCUAAAACCCAAAGGCCCCCUCAAACAACCCCAGCUGUACUACUGUGACAUCUGCAAGAUCAGCUGUGCUGGUCCCCAGACCUACAGGGAACAUUUAGAAGGACAGAAGCACAAAAAGAAAGAGGCAGCUCAGAAGUUGGGUAACCAGUCAAACACUGGCCUGCGUGGGGUUCAAGCACAGCUGCAUUGUGAGCUCUGUGAUGUGUCUUGCACAGGAGCAGAUGCAUAUGCAGCACAUAUCCGGGGAUCCAAACAUCAGAAGGUUAUUAAAUUACAUACAAAGUUGGGGAAACCCAUCCCUUCAGUAGAGCCAGUAUUAGUGAACUCUGUUCCUACCAACAUAGUGAAUAAACUGGCUCCCCAUGUCACUACUACUGCCACAACUUCUGUCACACCAGCUAAAGCAGCAAAUGUAGCCAUCACCAACAGCACAAGCUACCCAAGAAGGCCGGUACUGACCAAGAAACCAUUUACCUCAAAGAUAACAUAUGUGGGGACUAACAAGUCACAGGCAGCUGGCAACAAACUUGAAGAGGGGACAGUGGUCCAGUCAAAAUCAGAGCUGCCAAGUGAACAGUCUACACAAGAGAAUCCUGGGGAUGCUUCUGGGGGCUUAUUUGAUGUGCAGCCAGUAGGACAUGACUAUGUGGAAGAGGUGCACAAUGAUGAAGGAAAAAUGAUUCGGUUUCACUGUAAGCUGUGUGAGUGCAGUUUCAAUGAUCCUAAUGCCAAGGAUAUGCACUUGAAGGGGCGUCGGCACCGACUACAAUACAAGAAAAAAGUGAAUCCUGAUCUCCCAGUUGAGAUUAAGCCCAGCAAUCGAGCUCGGAAACACCAUGAAGAGAAAAUAAGGAAACAGAAACAGAAAGAUAUGUUGAAACGAUGGAGAGAGGAACAACAACGUCGUCAUAUAGAAAUGAGACUCUAUGAAGAAGAAAUGUAUUGGAGGCGAGUAGGAAAAGAACAGUUGUAUUGGGAAGAACAUCAGCGCCGAAUAGUGACUGAUUGGAAUCCACCUCCCCUCAUGGGUAGACCAGGGGUACCUGUUCCCUCUCUUCUGGGUUCAAGGCGUCCUAACACAUCUGAUGACCGGCAUAUCAUGUCCAAGCACUCUACUAUUUAUCCCACUGAAGCAGAGCUACAGGCCAUCCAGAAAGUAGUUUCACAUUCAGAGCGAGCCCUGAAGUUGGUCUCGGAUAUCCUGGCAGAAGAAAAAUCAGAACAAGAUGAAGAGGGUGGUGAAAAAGGCAAAAUAGAUUCUUCAUCAAGAAUACUGAAAGGUGUCAUGCGAGUUGGGAUCCUAGCAAAGGGUCUUCUCCUCCGAGGAGACAGGAAUGUGCACCUCAUCCUUCUGUCAGCUGAGAAGCCCACCCAGUCCCUUCUCCAAAAAAUCACUGAGCAGCUACCCAAGCAACUUUUGACAGUAACCGAGGAUAAGUAUGAGGUUUCAUCUGACACAGAAGAAGCAAAUAUAGUUAUUGCCUCAUGCAAGGAACCAAAAAUGCAGGUUACGAUUUCUGUCACAUCGCCCCUGAUGCGAGAGGAUACUUCCACAGACAAAGAAGAAUCUCAGCCUGAUCCUGUAGAUGUCUUGAGUCAACAAAAAUGUCUAGAGUCAUUAGCUGCCCUUCGCCAUGCCAAGUGGUUCCAGGCCAGAGCUAAUGGUCUACAGUCCUGUGUGAUUGUUAUCAGAGUUCUUCGAGAUCUGUGUCAGCGUGUGCCAACAUGGGGGGCCCUACCAGACUGGGCCAUGGAGCUUCUGGUGGAAAAGGCUUUGAGCAGUGCAUCAGGGCCUCUGCGUCCAGGAGAUGCCAUGAGGCGAGUGCUAGAAUGUGUAGCCACAGGAACGCUCCUAACAGAUGGGCCAGGACUUCAAGAUCCAUGUGAGAAAGACCAGAUAGAUGUGCUGGACGUCAUGACAAGUCAAGAACGAGAGGACGUCACAGCCAGUGCCCAGCAUGCUUUACGGAUGUUAGCUUUCAGACAGAUACAUAAAGUAUUAGGAAUGGACCCUUUGCCACCUCCUAAAAGCAGAGUUGGUUCACGCAACAAAAAACGGCGAAGAGACUUCAGUGAAGCAGUGGAAGGAGAGAAUGAAAGGAAGAAAGAGAGAAAAGAUGAGGAUGAUGCUUAA